GCUCCCCGCUAGCGGGAGAUGGAUUUCUCGGGUCAGGCUAGCUCCACCAGAUCCCGGACCGCGCGUCUGUCGGAUGGCGUGCUAGUGGUUCGGGUGUGCCGUGUGGGUGUGGUGGGGUUGGGGAGCUCCGCUCCAGCUACAGGCCAAUUGGGGUGCCGAUAGUUUUGGAAAUAAACUUGAGGAAUUGGCAGCGGAAAUUCUGGUUCCCCUCCCCGCCUCUCCGCGGAGUGAAUUGAGGUGCAAGAUGGAGGGAGCUGGAAGAGAUGCCAACCCUUUGAGCGGCUACCGAAUUGGCAAAACCCUGGGGAUUGGAUCGUUUGGUAAGGUGAAGAUUGCAGAACAUAUAUUGACAGGCCAUAAGGUGGCCAUCAAGAUCCUCAAUCGCCGGAAGAUCAGAAGCAUGGAAAUGGAAGAGAAAGUGAAGAGAGAAAUCAAGAUACUCAGACUAUUUAUGCAUCCUCAUAUCAUACGCCUUUAUGAGGUGAUAGAUACACCUGCUGAUAUUUAUGUUGUUAUGGAGUAUGUUAAAUCUGGAGAGUUGUUUGAUUACAUCGUUGAGAAGGGAAGACUACACGAAGAAGAAGCUCGCCGCUUUUUUCAGCAGAUCAUAUCUGGUGUUGAAUAUUGCCAUAGAAACAUGGUGGUUCACCGUGAUCUAAAGCCAGAGAACCUUCUUUUGGAUUCAAAAUGGAAUGUUAAGAUUGCUGAUUUUGGCUUAAGUAAUGUUAUGCGUGAUGGUCACUUUCUAAAGACUAGUUGUGGUAGCCCAAAUUAUGCAGCGCCUGAGGUCAUAUCUGGUAAACUAUAUGCUGGUCCCGAAGUUGACGUCUGGAGCUGUGGUGUUAUUCUUUAUGCUCUUCUUUGUGGUACUCUUCCAUUUGACGAUGAGAAUAUUCCAAAUCUUUUUAAGAAAAUAAAGGGUGGAAUAUAUACCCUUCCUAGUCACUUGUCACCUUCAGCGAGGGACUUGAUUCCCAGAAUGCUUGUUGUUGAUCCGAUGAAAAGGAUUACCAUCCGUGAAAUCCGUGAACAUGUGUGGUUCAAGAUUCGGCUUCCACGCUAUUUGGCUGUGCCGCCUCCAGACACUGCACAACAAGUUAAAAAGCUUGAUGAGGAAACUCUUAAUGAUGUUAUCAAGAUGGGUUUUGACAAGAAUCUGCUAAUUGAAUCACUGCAAAACAGGUUGCAGAAUGAGGCAACAGUUGCCUAUUAUUUACUCUUGGACAAUAGGCUUCGUACAACCAGUGGUUAUCUUGGAGCUGAGUUUCAAGAAUCUAUGGACUCUUCUUUCUCUCAAGUAAUUGCUGAAACGCCAACUUCAGCAACUGAACUUCGGCAACAUGGGUUUACAGAAUCUCCAGGGUCUGGCUUGAGGCAGCAUUUUGCCGCUGAAAGGAAAUGGGCCCUUGGUCUUCAGUCUCGAGCCCAUCCAAGAGAGAUAAUUACUGAAGUGCUUAAAGCUCUGCAAGAACUGAAUGUUUACUGGAAAAAGAUUGGACACUACAACAUGAAAUGCAGAUGGAGUCCUGGCUGUCUUGAGAGUAUGAUGCAUAACAAUGAUGGCUUUGGUGUGGAGUCUGCUAUAAUUGAUUUUUUUACAGAUGAUCUCAUCCAGAAAUCAACCCCAACAGUGAAGUUUGAGAUUCAGCUUUACAAAACGAGGGAUGAGAAGUACCUUCUCGACUUGCAAAGGGUCAGUGGACCACAGCUCCUCUUUCUGGACCUGUGUUCUGCCUUUCUAACGCAGCUGAGAGUUCUUUGAUCCUGACAUGAUUAUCUCCCAAGCGCAAUCCUUGAUACACCCAGUGGAGUUUCGAUUUAUAUUUGAGAUGUACAUAAUGACCAUAUAUCCUUAAAUAGAUUAUAUUUCUGGAGCAUGUAGACAUUAGAGGGUUUCGUUGUUGGCCUAGACGGUUGUCACCGAAGGUCCUAAACAAGAGAUUACAGGCAAGCCUCAAUCCUCUUCAAUUAGAUGUGAAAAUUUUAGCCCUUUCUUUAGUCCUUGGACAAGCUAUCCCGUUAAGGUGAUUGUACUAGCAUGAUACCCAGACUGAGAAAUAUCUCAUUAAAAUCGAAAUGAAAGUUGGCCCUUUUGACA